AUGAGCUCACAACAAACCACGAGCAGACCUGAUUCUGGUCGUCAGCAAGGACUUAAAGGCAAUACCAAUGGGGGACAUAGGAAAAAAGACAAGUUCGAGGGACCUAAGAGGGAGGCCAUUCUUAAACUAGAGAACUAUAUCAACACGGAGAUUAUAGUGACGUUGUCGGGUGGAAGAGAAGUUGUGGGAAAGUUAACCGGCUAUGACCAGUUAAUGAAUCUUGUUUUGGAAAAUACCGUGGAAAGAUUAAGAGAUGUCAACGAUAGAUCCAAGCUUUCUGAGAACACUCGUAACUUAGGUAGAGUUAUCAUUAGAGGUCCUUUGCUAUUGACCAUUUCUCCAAGGGAGGGCUUUGAUAUGAUUGCCAACCCAUUUAUUGAUGAAGUUAGCGAUCAGACUGUUAUCUAA